UUUAUAAGGCUUUCCUGUUUCAUCUUCCCCAACACAGGAGCAAAUAUGUGCACUGUGUACACUGCAGUACAAUCUAGGAAGCUACAAGCAGAGGGCUGAAACCAAUUGUUUUAGGCACUGUGACAAUACAAGCCAAAAAUACAGUAUAGCAGAGGAAAAUGGAAGAUGGAAGAGCAGUGCACAGCAGCAUAUUUAUUCCUGAGGGCAUUUUUCCUUGGUUUGCCACAUAUCCUCACAAUACUACAGCCUUAAGAUGAAUUUGACAGACAAAGUUCGUUUGGACAAACUUUGGUUGAUGAAAUAACAACUUUGAUAGCAAUCAGCAGCCACACAGAAGACACACAUUGGUUUGGGGUUUUUUUGACUUAGAUAUGUACAUAGGAAGAUAUAUGGAAAAUGACUGGAGUUGCCAAAUGAAAAUCAGGUGAGGAUUUGCAUUGAACCUAGUUAUUACAUUAGACUGCUACAAUAGAAUCACAGACUCAAAGAACCGUUUAGGUUGGAAAACCCCCUAAGAUCCAACCAUUAACCCAGGACUGCCAAUCCAGCACUAAACCAUGUCCCUAAGUGAAAUAUCUACAUGUAUUUUAAAUACCUUCAAGGAUGGUGACUCAGCCUCUUCCCUGUGCUCUUCCUGUUCUAAUGCUUGACAACACUUUUGAUGAAGAAAUUUUUCCCGAAAUCCAAUCUAAACCUCCCCUAGCACAACUUGAGGCCAUUUCAAUUUGUCCUGUCGCCUGUUACUUUGGAAAAGAUACCGCAUCCCACCUGCCUAAAACCUCCUUUCAGGUAAUUGUAGAGAGUGACAAGGUCACCCCCAAGUCCCGAUUUCUCCAGCUCCCUCAGUUGCUGCUCAGAAAACAGGACUGGCCCCAAUUCUGAGCCAUGGGGAACAUCCCUGGUGUUUGUCCCCAGCUGGAAGUGACUCCAUUCCCCACCACUCUCUGGGCCUGGCCCCACAGCCAGUGUUUUACCCAGCAAAGACCACACCUGUCCAAGCCAGGAGCCAUCUCCAGGAGAAUGCUGUGGGAAAUGGUGUCAAAGGCUUUACUAAACUCCAGGGAAUCAAGACCCACAAACUCUCCCUCAUCUGCUGAGUGGGUCAUCUUGUCAUGGGAGGAGAGCAGAGUACUCUAACAGGCCUUACAUUAAGAACUUCAGAUCUUCCUUCUCUUCCUUCGUCACUGUGUUUCCCCUCAUCCAGUAAAGGCUGGAGAUUCUCCUGAGCCCUCCUUUUGUUGCUAAUGUACUUAUGGAAACAGUUUUUAUUAUCUUUUAGGGCACUUUUAGGGCCAAAUUAACUUCCAGUCAGGCUUUGGCCCUUCCGAUUUUCUCCCUGCACAACCCCAUGACAGCUGUGCAGUCAUCCCGAGUGGCUGCCCCUUCUUCCAAAGGUCAUGAACUCUGGUUCCAUCCGAAUUCCACCUGAGUUCCAUCCAGUGCCCCGGCUGGCUGGGCGGGGUGCAGCCAUGGAGCCCUGGUGUCUGUGACAUCGGAGGGGACACGUCCCCACACCGCGCACGUUGCGGUGCCGCCGCUGCAGUGCGGCUCCAGCCGGCCGCCAUGGCAGGAAGGAUCACCAAAAUCCUGCUGGUGCUGGCCAUCCUCCAAUAUGGGCUGAGGGCAGAUGCCCAGGCAGUGAAGGCCACAGAAGAAGUCCUGAGGCAUCAUGAGGAACAGCCCAACCAGGAGAUGACCUGGCUGGCCAUGGCUGCAAGCAUCACCAAAAUCCUGAUGGUGGCAGGCAUCUUCCAAUACGCACUGAGUGUGGAUCUCCCGGCAGUGAAGGUCACAGAAGAGCUCCUGAGGCAGCAUGACGAGCAGCGCAGCCAGGAGAUGGCCAAGCUGCAGAAGAUGGAGCAUAGGAUGGAGGAGCAGAGGAUGCAGGAGCAGAGCAUUCUCCUCUCAGCCUGCCGGCAGUGGUGGUUCUGGGACUGUGUAGAAAUUAUCCUCACACUCUUUGGGAUCUACUGGCUGCCUAGUCAGAGGAGAGCUGGUUCUGACAGUGGCAGCCAGGGGAAAACCACCUGGAGUGCCCAGGACCAGAUGGAGGAGGAGGACAAGCCCUUGGAUAAGAGCUGGGCGCUGCGGAGGAUCUCCUGACACCACUGCAGCCAUGGGGAGCAGCAGCCACAGAAUGUGCCGUGCUUCUUCCUCUCCCACCUGAGAAGGCAAACAGAGUCCAAGUCCCUGCUUCCUGCACAGCCUCUGCAAAUGGUCCCAGUUGUGAUGCUCCCCCUGCCAGGAGGCACAGAAGAGAUUUCCCCCUUGUCCAUGGUUAAUAAAAUCGUUGAUUUGCUUUGAGAAA